ACACACACACACACACACACACACACACACACACACAGAGGAAGUGUUAGUGUCUGUAAAGAUGGAGGAUGGAGCUGCGAUGAUGAAUCGAUUGACAGAAAAUUGAUCUGUUACAAUUCUGAUAAUCGACUGAUCGUUGUAAAUUCUCUGCUUCUCAGGUGUGAAUGACUUCCUGUUUCCUGUGUCAGUAACAAAAUUAAAACGUUUGAAGACGUCCUGUUUAUAUCUAUAGUUUAUAUCUGCUGUGAACCUCCUUCCUGUCUCUACUUUUCUCUUUUACAUGUUUAAUGUCAUUAAAACUGUCAAAAGCAAAAAUAACAUAACUGAUCAUUUCCUACAAUUAGAUCAAAUAUAGAUGUUCAGUGUGAACAGAGACAAGCUACAAACAAACAGACAAUUAACAUUAAUUAAUACGUCAUCAUGUCUGCAGUGUGUACUUAUUAAAAAAGAGAAAAUGUUUAUAUUUCUUCAAGUAUGGCAUCAGAAAAUAUCAGUAUCAUACUGACACUGUUCAUUUCUAAUAAUAAUAAUAAUAAUAUUCUCUAAAUAAAGGUAAAUGGAAGAGAAUCUCAGCAGGGAGCAGGUUACCUGCAGGUAACAUCAGGUGACUGUGUUCACCUGGUGACGUUCACACUGACCAAACACUCUGGAUUUAACUGAACAGAUAAAAAUGAAGCUCCACUUUAGACAUGAAGAGCUCCUUGGAGGAGGACACCCAGAGAUGCUAACAGUCCUCCCGGCGGAGAGCAGACACUGUUCAGGUUCUGGUGACAGAGACUGUACGUGUAAUGGGCCGAAUGGACCCGGACUUCACAGAACUACUACACGGGUCAGAGAGAGUAUUUUGGCAGCACGUGUUCACCGGGUCUGACAACAGCCAGUAAAGACGACACCUGUCAGGAUUUACACGGAGCCCGCUUCCUCUCUCUCCGGGUGAACCGCGGGCUCCGGGAUGAGCCUCGCUGUCGUUGUCCCACUGACCUGUUCUCAAUCUCGGCAGGGUCCGACAGGUGAACAGUCAUCAUCAUGACAGCGGGAGCAGUGUCAGCUCCACUCAUCAUUCCCAUCAUCCACCUGCAGGCACACAGAGCCAAGAACCACAUCGACACCAACACACCUGUCUCCAUCCAGUCAGACUCUCCAGGUGUGCUAAUUUUCUACACGGUGGACGGGUCGAGGCCAGCGGGGGUGCAGCGGGGGUCGGCAGGCACCAGCAGGAAGUACAGCGAGCCCAUCCUGCUGCCUGCUGGUCGGGUGUGUGUCAGAGCCGUGGCUGUCUGCAGUGACGGAAGACAGAGCUCCACGGUGACGAAGGUGUUCUCUGUCGACCUCGUGGACUCCAACAACAGGAAGGAGAACCAGGAGAACCAUCAGCUGUUUCUAUUUCAGCGUCCGACUGAAGGAACCUCCUGUUCUCCUGAGAACCCUGCUGGUUCUUCACUGAGGCCCCCAGAGCCGAGGAUGAUGGGAAACGGUUCUCCUCUAUCAGGUCCUCGUUUCCUGAACAGUCGACUGGGUUCUCCGACCACCACAGCCCAGUCCGGUUCCUCCCAACGUUCCCAGGCAGUGAGUUCAGGUGUGCUGAAGCAGCUGAGCAGCACACACACGUCCAGAAUCCAACGGGACACCGACUUCCUGAGGUGCGCUCAGUGUCUGAGUUUCCGUCCUACAGACCCGUUUGCUCGGUUCUGUGCUCAGUGUGGAGCUGUUGUUCCUCCGUUACCUGAACAGAGACUGCCCCCUGCUGAGGGAGGACAGAAGGUUCUCUGUGUGUUCUGUAACACUGUGGUUCCCGUCAACACUCACACCUGUUUGAUCUGUGAAGCCUCCGUCCAACAACAACUACAACCACAGGCCGGACUCACACUGCAGGAUCAUGUGGUGUGUGUUUGCUGUGGAAGUGGGAAUCCAGCUCACAUCACCAACUGUCUGACCUGUGAGAGCCGCCUGCAGCCGGUGUGUGUGGGUAACGACACCCCCUCUGUCCCGUCAGCUGACAGCAGGAUGUUGUCCUGCUCCAGGUGUAAACGCAUAAACCACAGGGAUGCCAGAUACUGCGACUGGUGCGGCUCCAAGCCUGGUCAUGCAGCGAGCUCUGUGACGUGUUGGCGAUGUGGAGCGAGUGGACACCCGUAUGCCUUCUACUGCGCAGCCUGUGGCGUCUACCUGGAAGCACCAUCACCCACUUCCUGUAGUGACAUCACACGGACUGUUAGGGGCACCGCCCCCAGCCAGGCUUCAGCUUCGACCUCCCAUGAUGCCAUCUGGCAGGCCACGCCUUCGUCUGACCCCACACCCACUGUGAAGGUAACCCUGCCCACUGCUGAUCAGUACACGCAGACCGUUGGACUCUAUUACCCAUCAGCCACCGAGCUCCAAAAGAAAGACCAGCAGAGGGCGCUACAGCUCAGCAGACAGCAGGCGACCAGAGACCGCCAACCGCUACUGACCGCCAUCAGCCCGGGCAGAGGUUACUGGAGGAAGCAGGUGGAUCAUGUUUGUGCUCACCUGAGGAGUUACGCUCAGAACAAUGCCCCCUUCAGGACUCUGCUGGCAGAGCCUCGUCUGGGCCGGAUGGUCUCUGCUGUGGUUCAAGAAGAUGGUCAUGAAGUCAGUCUGACCAUCAGCUUCGUGUCGGCCGCACGAGAAGAGAAGCAGGUGGGUCCUGAAGGUGACGGUGCAGGUCCAGCAGGUACCCGUCCUAGAUCAGCACCUGCAGGUCGGACUGAGACUCUGAGCAGCGUCACAGAACGAUUCUCUGACAGCAGCAGUAAGAAAGGAAGUGAUGCGUCCACAGGUGUGAUGAAACCCCCCAGACCAAACUUGACGCCCAAACCUCCGGUGAAGGACAGUCAGCUGCUGAAGGAGCUGGGUCCAGGUCGAGGUCAGAUCAGCGUCAUCCAGCAGCUCCUGGAUCAGGGGGCGGAUCCCUCCUGCUGCGGCAGCAAUGGACGACACGCCUUGGCUGUUGCCGUAGUGAACGGGCACCGUGAUGUACUUCCUGUUCUGGUGCAGAGAGGAGCUGACGUGGAGCAGCAGUCCGGACAGAUGAAGAACACAGCUCUGCAUGAAGCUGCAGCUCUGGGCUCUGAAGGUCUGCAGUGUGCAGAGGUUCUGCUUAGCUGCAGGGCCAGUGUGAAGCGGAGGAAUGCCGCCGGUCAGACAGCGUAUGACGUGGCGGUGAGCUCCGGCUGUAACAACAUGGCGUCUCUGCUGGCUGCUCGGACCGGACUGGAAUUACUGGGCAAACUGAGAAAACCCAAACUGAACCUGGACGCCGUCUGAGGAACAGAC